AUGGUUGAAAUUCGGGAGGAAUCUUCGGAACCGUACAAUCCUUCGGCGUCAGGUGGCACAUCCAGAGCUCAAUCUAGUGGAAGCUUUCAGGGCUCCCAAUAUGUUUCGGAAAAUGUCAUGGAUUGUUGCUUACUUAUGACACGAUUGGCGACGUUGUUCUUCGCAAUGUGUUAUCUUCUUCCUUUUCUAUCGCCUGUAUCGUCGGAUUCCGCUUACUACAAAGCUUUCGCUUCUGCGGCAGCGACGAACGCUUUGCGAAUGCAACAACGAGUGGGGUUAGUUUCGUUCUCGCGUGAAUUCUUCGCUCGACUGCUUCUAGAAGAUAGCUGUCACUAUUUAUUCUACUCCAUUCUUUUCCUGACAUCUGCACCUGUAACCAUGACUCUUCUAUCAAUCACUCUAUUCGCAGCACUUCAUGCAGCUUCGCAACUGGUGAAGUUGCUCACAGCAAUUGGUCACGGUGGAUCCCGUUUCACUCUUCGUUUGGCAUCGUUUUCGCAGCAGCACACUGCAAACUGUCUUGGAAUCAUUGCUUGUGGAGAGAUAUUUCUCAUUCCAGUGUUGAUUGCAAUGCUUUUUGUUGGUAAGGCCUCUCUAUUUGUGCCUUUCAUUUACUACCGUUUCCUAACCCUGCGGUACUCCUCUCGUAGGAAUCCAAACACAAGGCAGGCGUUCGCGCAAAUGCGUUAUUCUCUGGACCAGGUGGCGGCAUCUGCUUCAUGCCCACAAAUAGUUCGCUCUCUCAUCUACAACUCUAUCAGUCUCAUUUCUCGUCUUGCUCCGGCUAUUUGA